UUUUAUACCUGUCCUGCCACCAACUGUUACACAAGGUUAGAAUCCUUGGAUCGCUCUGGGCUGCAGUUAUAUGAUGGCUCCUGCGAUUUUGACUGGUUUCCUGCCACUCUGUGUGUCUCUCCUGCUGACAUCCGGCUUUGCAGAGGCAGGCAAGCUGCUGGUGGUGCCCAUGGGCGGGAGCCACUGGUUCACCAUGCGAGAGGUUGUGAAGGAGCUCCUCCACAGAGGACAUGAGCUGGUCAUGGUCUCGCCAGAGAUGAAUUUGCAUGUGGACAGCCACCUCAACCUUACAUUGAAGAUUUAUGCCACAGGUCACACAGCGGAGGAGGUGAACAAAGAAUUGAAGAUUUUUACGGAUGAUCAGUGGGAAGAUAGAGGAAAUGCUUUAUUUGCUAUGUUGAAAGCUCGCAGCUCUAUUUUUGAAUACUUUUUUUCACAAUGUAGGGGUUUGUUUAAGGACAAAAAAUUAGUGAAAUUCUUAGAAGAGAAUACUUUUGAUGCUGUGUUUCUAGAUCCUUUUGACAUGUGUGGCUUAAUUGUAGCCAAGUACCUGUCAGUCCCUUCUGUGAUCUUCACCAGGAGAGCUUUUUGCCAUUAUACGGACGAAGGGACACAGAGUCCCAACCCUCUUUCUUACGUCCCUAGGACAUUCUCGUUAUUCUCAGAUGUCAUGACUUUCUGGGAGAGAAUGCAGAAUCAUUACUUGCACAUGCAGGAACAUAUAUUUUGCCCCUAUUUUCUCAAAACUGCUUUAGAGGUUGCCUCUGAGAUCCUGCAAAUACCCGUCACGCCCUACGAUCUCUACAGCCAUGUAUCCAUCUGGCUGAUUCGAGCUGACUUUGUUUUGGAAUAUCCAAGACCCGUGAUGCCAAACAUGGUCUUCAUUGGAGGCAUCAACUGCCACCAGCUAAAACCACUGUCUAAGGUAAGUCACCUGUCCUUCAGCCUAUCAAGAACAAUCUGGCCAUGA